GGGCGCUGUGCUGCAUUCUCCACAGCAGCGACCAGCGAUCCUCACAGCAGCGGCCCUGCGCUUGUCACCAGACAGACCCCACACCCCACACCACACACACUCCCUACUCUGGAAGCCGACGACAAGAUCUAGCCGCCGAUAUGAUUAGACGACAGGCUCGUAUGCGCCGGGAGUACCUGUACCGGAAGGCACUCGAAGCAAAGGAUCUCCAAAUCCAUGAGCGGAAGCAAAGCCUCAAGGCUGCUUUGGAGGAUGGACGACCCCUCUCUGGAGAUAUCAAGAAGGACGAGGCCCUGAGGAAGGAUCUGAUAUUCGACGAAGGGCAAGCAGCUCCGACGACGCACAUCGACGAUGAAUAUUCGCGAGCCGGAGAACAGGACCCGAAAAUCCUCAUCACCACCAGCAGAGACCCCAGUUCGCGAUUGGCCCAAUUCGCAAAGGAAAUGCGCCUGGUUUUCCCCAAUUCGCAGCGCAUCAACCGUGGCAACUACGUCAUGAAGGAAGUCGUUGAGGCCUGCAGAGCCAACGAUGUGACUGAUCUCAUCAUCCUGCACGAACACCGCGGCGAGCCAGACGGCAUGGUUGUCUGCCACUUUCCGUAUGGUCCAACGGCAUACUUUUCACUGCACAAUGUGGCUCUGCGCCAUGAUAUCGACAAUCGCGGCACCGUUUCGGAGCAGUUUCCGCAUCUGAUCUUCAACAACUUCAAUUCCAAGCUUGGAAAUCGGAUCCAAAACAUUCUCAAGUAUCUGUUCCCUGUCCCAAAGGAAGACAGCAAGCGAGUCAUGACGUUUUCGAAUGAGAGCGAUUUCAUUUCGUUCAGACACCAUGUCUUCUACAAGGCGCAGGAUGAAGUCAACUUGGUCGAAGUCGGACCGCGCUUUGAAAUGCGAGCAUACGAAAUCCGGCUAGGAACCGUCGACAUUGCCGAGGCGGACAUUGAAUGGGUCUGGAGGCCCUACCAGCGCACGGCCAAGAAGCGGGAUCUGCUGUAGACAAGCGAGCAAGUACCGCUGGUGCAGCCAAACAGCGACAGCAGCUACUGGAGGAGAGCCCCUGUGUCGAUGGAGGUUGCAACGUUCAAUGAAGGGUCAACGAAGGGUCAAUAAAGGAUUAAUAGUCGGGCAGACGCAACAAGCGC